CCCAUCCUCUGGGUGGAGUAUAAACCAACAAGCAACGGCACCUGCGGUUUCGGAAUCAAACCCCUCUAUUAACCAUCAUCCGCAUCCUCCAUGGCCGCCCCUGAGAAACAAUCCAACGAUUCCCUGACUCAUUCGUUGUCGGGUGACCCUGACCUGGUGAAUUUCGACGGCCUUGGAGACCCUGCUAAGGCUAUCCACUGGCCACUACGGCGCAAGUGGUCCAUCAUGUUGAUGCUUUCCAUUAUGUCCUUCAUUAUGCCAUUAGCGUCUUCAAUGCUCGCCCCUGCCGUCCCAGAAUGUCUUGCAGACUUCCGUUCCACCAGCUCCAUCCUAGGAUCUUUGGUGGUUUCCAUAUAUCUUCUUGGAGGCGCCGCGGGGCCGCUAGUAAUAGCUCCACUAUCUGAGAUCUACGGACGCUCUAUCAUCUACCAUGUCACAAAUGCCCUGUACAUCGUCUUCAGUAUUGCGUGUGCCCUGAGUACGAAUCUGAACAUGUUGAUCGGGUUCCGAUUCCUCGCCGGAGUUGCUAGUGCCGCAGUUAUGACGGUUGGGGGAGGAACGGUGGCCGACCUUUUUAUCCAAGAAGAGCGCGGUCGGGCUCUUGCGAUUUGGACUCUGGGCGCAUUGCUAGGUCCCGUUCUCGGGCCCGUGAUAGGGUCUUUUUUAUCGGCAGCCAAGGGUUGGAGGUGGGUGUUUUGGUUCCUAGCAAUUGUGUCUGGUGGCAUGUCCGGCGUGUUCUUCAUCUUUCUGCGUGAGACCUCCUCAGUCAUCAUUCUCAGACGCAAGGCUGCUCGGCUCCGCAAGGAAACUGGCAAAUCUGCCCUUAGGUCCCACCUCGACGUCGGCACUUCCCCAGGCGCCGCCUUGAAGGCUGCUGUUAUUCGCCCCCUAAAGCUCGUCCUUUUCUCCCCCAUCGUUGCCGCCAUGGCCACUGUCACUGCCAUCAUCUACGGUUAUCUAUACAUCCUGUUUACAACCUUCACCAUGGUCUACAAAGAUAUCUAUGGGUUCUCCUCGGAUACGGUCGGGCUGAUCUAUCUUGGUCUCGGCGUUGGCAUGUUCCUCGGCCUUUUUGCAUUCGGAGCUCUGUCGGACUUUGUGAUCAAGAGAGAAGCAGCGCGACACGAUGGCGAGAUGAAGCCGGAGUACCGCCUGCCGCCCAUGAUCUUGGGCGGAAUUUGUCUCCCGGUGGGCUUGUUUGUCUACGGCUGGACGGCAAAGAGCCAUGUCUUUUGGUUUAUACCUAUUCUAGGGACCGCCAUCUUUGGGUUCGGUUUUAUCGUUUUCUUCAUGCCAACACAAGCUUACCUAGUUGACGCCUUCGCCCACAAUGCUGCCUCAGCUCUCGCUGCUGGGGCAGUCCUGCGUUCUCUAGGUGGCGCUUUGCUACCCCUGGCCGGAGUUCCCAUGUAUGAUAAGCUCGGGCUUGGAUGGGGGAACACACUACUUGGCCUUAUCGCCAUCGCCACCAUCCCUCUUCCAUUUUUCCUUCUGAGAUAUGGGGAGCGUAUCAGGACUUCUCCACGAUUCCAAGUCCGGCUGUAGCCCAUUCAGGAAUAGACCCCCUUGCUCUGUGUUGGAUAGACUAGCGCUGUUGUUCGAACGCUCACGUCACGGUGUAUUUCUUCUCCCAGCCCUUGGCUACAUUUUGAUUUCAUCCAGGGUGGUGUUGGUUCUUGUAACCAAUGUGAGGGCAGGGCCUCAGUUUGGAUCAUUUGUGAAGUGCUGAGCAACACUACGUGCUUAUCUACUUGCUCCUCGGGUUGCUUUCCAAGAAUACCCGCUGCCUGUCUUUCUC